AUGGUGUUGCCAUUGAGCUUGGCGCUCUUCUCGACCUCGUCUUCCCCUGUCGCAGCCAGCGGAGGUGCUCGACUGGAGCGCGAGCGGCGUUACAUUCUUCGGCAAUUCCAGCGACGCGGGGUGAGAUUCGUGUGCGCGGCGACUAGCGAUGGCAAUGGCGACGUGCUGGAGCUGAGGGGAUGGCAAUGGGGGAGGACUACGAAAGAGCUGGCUGCCUAUGGAGCUUUGCUGGUUGCUGUCCCAGUUGUGCCAUUGUUGCCUCGAUUCGAGUGGUCGGCCGCGAUCUAUUUUACUUCCCUGUCGCUGUGGACAGUCUACGUUGGAAGCCACCGAAGUUUAGCGAGGCAGCAAACGCAACAGGUUUCUUUCAAGCAAGGCCUCGCCGCGCCUGUGUUGUGCUCCAUAUCACUCUUUGGUUUUUACUGCCUCUUGAGGUUCUUCCCGGAGCUCGAUCUACGUACGUUCAUCUCGAUCUAUCUAAGCUGCGCUGGAGCUUUUGCCGUGGCAAAUAACUUAACCAAUCCUCUCAAGUUGCUCUUCCCGCGUCUGGAUUCACUUCCAGUCCGAAUCAACGUGCCAUCUUGGCUUGCUUCGGACAAAGGAAAACCUGUCUGCCUUACCGUCACUGCGGCCGACAUUAUUGCAUUGCUUGCUGGAAUUGGAGUCGCUUACGCCAGCAAGCAACCCGGAGCACCUUUCACGUUCAACAAUCUUAUGGCAGUAUGUAUUGUGACCGAGCUCUUGCAACUUCUUUCUGUUGGAAGCUUCAGUACCGCUGCCGUGAUGCUUUGCGGGCUGCUGCUCUAUGACGUUUUUUGGGUUUUUGGUUCUUCUCAAAUUUUUGGUGACAAUGUGAUGGUCACGGUGGCGACCUCGUCAGCUUUUGAUGGGCCUGUUAAACUCGUGUUUCCAAGCUGGAAGGCGGAAGUUGCACACCCUGAAUCGAUCCUGGGCCUGGGUGACAUCGCUGCUCCAGGGUUGCUUAUAGCUCUUAUGCUCCGGUUCGACCAAGCCAGGUGUGCCGGGCUCCAGAACAAUACAAUCCCGGCAGCACCACAAAAGACAUACUUUUCAAACUCAGUUAUUGCUUACGUAGCUGGACUGACUCUCACGGUUGUGGCGAACUCUGUCUCUGGUGCAGCCCAGCCCGCUCUGCUGUAUUUGGUGCCUUGUCUUCUCUCUAGCGCAAUCCUGACCGCCUUGUCAAAGUCGGAAGCCCCCCUCCUGUUCAGCUACAAAGAUGAAAGGCCGCCCGAUGACGAGGCACAGCUGUAGCUGGGGCGGCUUAUUCUGCGUCAUGAGCGAUCUGACUUGUCGACGUUUUCUACGGUAAAAGGCGUCAAAGUGAGGCGUUCACUGUGUGUAGAUACCAUUGACUCGCUCGCUUAUGAGAUUCAUGCACAGGGAGUGUGUGUGGUCAAUGGGGUAAAUAUAAAAAGAUUUCAAGAUUUAGAAUGGACAGGUCAGGUGCAUGCGAAGUGACGAGUGCGGAGGAGGAGGAUUAGGAGGAGAAGCGUCGCGUGGUGGCUUGCUGCUUUAUCGCUUUUGGAGCGUGGUGAAUCUGGAGCAUGGAUGUCACUAGGAUUGGGAGGGGAUGAUAUUCGAGGCUCACUUCCGGCUGGGGAGAGAAGAACAAAGCUGACACCGGUGCAAUGUGGAGCGAAUGAAUGACGCGACGAGACGCGACUCUUUCAAAUCAGUUUCAAAGCUUCAAGAGCAAAGGUCAAUUGCUUACUGUUACAAACAACGCAGAGAAAGCUUGUUUGCGGUACUGUUUGCUUCUUUUUUCUCUUCUAACCUCUUUGCCAUCUA